AUGGGUUCAGUCGUGCGUCAGGUUCAGUGGGAUGCUGAAGUAGCUCAAAGUGGCCAUUUCGAUAAGAUCAUGGUCCAGAACCUCGAGGUGGUCGUGCCCGCAGGAAAGGAUGUCUGGGGACGUGAGAAGAAACAGCGAGCGAACAUCAGUGUGACCUUGACGCUAGGCAAACAGUUCACCUCGGCCUCCUCCACCGACUCCGUCGAUGAUAGUACGGUUCAUUAUGGUACACUCAGCAAAGCGAUCCAGGCACGCUUCAAGGACGAUGCUCUGCCCUGGAUGUCUACCUCUGCACUCUCUGUGGCCAUUUCUGACAGCGUACGCCGAGUUGCAAGCUCCACAGACAUAUACGCUCUCGAAACGGACGUAAGCUAUCCGAAAGGGAGCAUGCUGGGUGAACGAGCUGGACAUCGGACUUCGAGUGUAGAAAAGUCUGGAGCCCACUCAAAUGUCUUAUACCUGCAAAAUGUCCGCAUUCCGUGCCUCAUCGGUGUCAAUUCAAAUGAGCGACUACAAAAGCAACCAGUAAACGUCGAUAUCUGGGUAGACAACGUACACGACUCUCGCGUGGACGACUACCCGCAACUGGAAAGUCUCUUGUUUGAGCUUAUUUCUGCGUCCUCGUUCCAGACUAUCGAGAGUCUUCUAGCGUGGCUCGUUGGAGAGCUGAGGCAGAAAUUCUUCACUCAAGAGGUGGAUCAGGAUGCUUGGAUUAGGCUUAGGAUUGGCAAGCCCCACGCUGUGCCGUUCGCAGAUGCACCAGCGGUCGAGAUAACGCGGCCAAUACGGUCGUAG